CCCGUGUCUGGACAUAAAGGCUCCGGCUCCGCUCGGUUACCGGAGCGGGAUUACCGUUACCGAGGCGGACAGAGCUAUGAGCGCGUCCCGGGCUGUGAGCUAGCGGGACAGUCGGACGUGUCUUCAGCGCAUCGGCAGGGGGGUGUGUCUCUGCUGCUGUAUAGGCGAUCGUUCUGUCUGCCUGUCCCACAGAGGGGGGUGCGUCUCUGCUGCUGUAUAGGCGCUCUUUCUGUCUGCCUGUCCCACAGAGGGGGGUGUGUCUCUGCUGCUGUAUAGGCGAUCGUUCUGUCUACCUGUCCCACAGAGGGGGGUGUGUCUCGGGACCCAUGCAGAGCCCCCCUCACAUCUCUGCCGGGUCCUGCGGGUGGGUCAGCAGACUAUGUCACUUUCAAGAUAUCAGCACAGCUGAUUCCUUGGAAGUGCCAGAAAAUAUGUCAGUCAGUGUGCAUGAGAACCGCAAGUCUCGGACGAGUACGGGCUCCAUGAACAUCUCCCUCUUCCACAAGCCUUCCCACCCAGACAGUGUCCUCACACACCUCAACACCCUUCGCAAGCAGUGCAUGUUCACGGACGUGACGCUGUGGGCUGGCGAUCGAGCCUUUCCCUGCCAUCGGGCAGUUCUGGCAGCCUGCAGCCGCUACUUCGAGGCCAUGUUCAGCGGGGGCCUCCGCGAGAGUCUGGACAGUGAGGUGAACUUCCGCGACAGCGUCCACCCCGAGGUCCUGGAACUCCUGCUGGACUUCGCCUACUCUUCGCGCAUCAUUAUCAACGAGGAGAAUGCAGAGUCACUCCUGGAAGCCGGAGACAUGCUACAGUUCCACGACAUCCGGGAUGCGGCGGCAGAGUUCCUCGAGAAGAACCUGCACUCGUCCAACUGCCUGGGCAUGAUGCUCCUGUCGGACGCGCACCAGUGCAAGCGCCUGUAUGAGCUGUCCUGGAGAAUGUGCCUGGUCCACUUCGAGGUGGUCAGGGACACGGAGGACUUCUACAGCCUGUCCAAAGACAAGCUCCUGGACCUUCUACUCAGCGAUGAGCUGGAGAUGGAGGAUGAGCAGAUCGUGUUUGACGCGGUCAUGCGCUGGGUGAGGUAUGAUCUAGACGGUCGGAGAGACCACCUCCCCGAGCUGCUCGGCGGGAUCCGUCUGGCACUGCUGCCGUCCGAGUGUCUCGUGGAAGCCGUGGCCUGCGAGGAGCUGGUGAUGUCGGACAAGCGAAGCAGACUGAUCGUGGAAGAAGCCAUCCAGUGCAAGAAGAAGAUCCUACAGAACGACGGCGUCGUCAUGAGUCCGUGUGCUAGGCCGCGCAAAGCCGGGCACACACUACUCAUUCUGGGAGGGCAGACCUUCAUGUGCGACAAGAUCUAUCAGGUGGAUCACAAAGCCAAAGAGAUCAUUCCUAAGUCUGACCUACCGAGCCCGCGGAAGGAAUUCAGCGCCUGUGCUAUCGGCUGCAAGGUGUACGUGACUGGAGGGAGAGGUUCGGAGAACGGCGUGUCCAAGGACGUCUGGAUAUACGACACGGUUCACGAGGAGUGGUCCAAGGGCGCGCCCAUGCUCAUAGCACGCUUUGGUCACGGCUCGGCCGAGUUGGAGAACUGUCUGUACGUCGUGGGGGGUCACACAGCUAUAGCGGGCGUCUUCCCCGCGUCCCCGUCCGUGUCUCUGAAACAGGUGGAGCGGUACGACCCGCUAACCAACAAAUGGACCAUGAUGGCGCCCCUCCGGGAUGGCGUCAGCAAUGCGGCGGUGGUCAGUGCCAAGCUGAAGCUCUUUGCUUUCGGCGGGACCACCAUCCACAGGGACAAGGCCUCCAAAGUGCAGUGCUAUGACCCAGGGGAGAACCGCUGGGCCAUCGCGGCCGAGUGCCCUCAGCCCUGGCGUUACACCGCAGCCGCUGUUCUGGGCAGCCAGAUCUUCAUCAUGGGCGGCGACACGGAGUUCACGGCCGCAUCCGCUUACCGCUACGACUGCGAGACCAGCCACUGGACGCGCGUAGGUGACAUGACCUCCAAAAGGAUGAGUUGUCACGCGGUGGCCUCUGGUAACAAACUCUACGUGGUGGGCGGCUACUUUGGGACACAGCGGUGCAAGACACUGGACUGCUAUGAUCCGAUGUCAGACAGCUGGAACAGUAUCACCACUGUGCCUUAUUCCCUGAUUCCCACAGCAUUUGUGAGCACCUGGAAACAUCUCCCUGCCUAGUGGACUCCAAACAAACAGGAUGGACUUCAACUGGGUGGAGUUCUGUAGCAGGUGCAGACGACUGAAGGCAGACACAGUGGACGGCUCUGGGCGUGUGCAAACCCGGCCGGGCCGAGCCGUGGUCGAUGCAUCCCAAUUAAACAAAACUACCUAGAACGGAGCGAGGGGAGGAGUGUAACCAGAGCAGGGCUGUCUGGAGCCCGUGUCUGUUCUGUGUCAUCCAGGUCUUUUGAAACCGUAUGCUGAAGGCUGUGUGUCCCACACACUUCUUUCAGCACCUCUUCCUCCUCCCUUCCACCUUCCCUUUUCUGGAAACUCCUUAAACUCUCCGGCUCCUGCACAGGAACACACAACGCACUAACGAGGACGGACCGGAGGCCUGAAGCUCCAACGCCUACACUGCGCUUAUUUAAGAAGCAUCUAUGAAGUGAAGUUUAACCAGAGACUUGUAUAGAUUCUACAGCACAAUGACAAUGUGUUAUGUAUUACUGAAGAGAGGAGUCUGGCCGCGAACUGGCCCUUCUUUUAUGUGUUUGUGGAACAUAAAGGUUUGCACUUCUAACAGGUCUGAUUGUGGAUGAUGAGGGUGUUGAAUAGUUACAGAAACUUUUCUACAAAUGCUACAGGUCAUGACGUACAGGGCCGUUUUCAGGGGGAUUAGAUUCAUAGACUGAAGAAACAAAAGACUGUGGGGGGUUGCUGUUUGUAAGAGACCCAGUGGUGAAGUUUUCCAAAAGAAAGGCACAUUUUUGGAUUGUGUCUUUUGUCCUGUCGUCGUCCCGAUGCACUGAACUCCUGGUGCCUAUAGUUUGCAAGUCUGUGUUCCUGCCCUCUGUGGAAGGCUUUUAAAUAAAUAACUUUCUGAUGCUU